UGAGUUGUCAUUUGUCAGAGAAGGCUUCACUCUGACAGCAUGCACUGGAGAUGCAAGUUAUCUCAAUUGAGUCCAUAUCUACCACACUAAAUGUGUGAAGAUUCAGUGCACAUUAGGAGGAAAAUCAGUUUUAAAUGCAGAAUUCCCAACUUUCAACUGACUUUCAUCGGAUGACACUGCAGAAAUGGAGAUUGAAUCAAUGGUUGCAAACAGCGCACUCAUAAGAGCACGAGAAGUAGGUAAUGGUGCGAACCACAAAGGAAGGAGUCGAAAAUGGAAGGAAUUUCUGCGUUUUCCACACAUAAACGAGUGCAUACAGUUGGAGAGUAGCAUUGAGCGAGACUAUUACAGUCUGUGUGUGAAACAGCCCAUCGGAAAUCAACUGUUCCGCCUUUUCUGUGCAACUAAAUAUGAUCUGCAGCAUUGUGUAAUGCUCUUGGAUGAAACGGUGGAAUAUGAGGUCACACCGGAUGACAAGAGAACGAACUUUGGCAAGCAACUCAUCACAAGAUAUCUCACCUCACAGUCUUCUAGGGUGCGGGAGAUUGUACACAGAGAACUCAAGGAGGAGAAAGCUACUGAAGAUCUCUUCAGCAAUUGCCAAAAGGCACUUCAUGAGUAUCUGAGCGGAGCUCCAUUUGCAGAGUAUCAGAAAAGCAUGUACUUUGACCGAUUCCUGCAGUGGAAGAUGGUUGAGAGACGCCCAAUCACCCGAGAUACAUUUCGAGAAUACCGUGUUUUGGGAAAGGGUGGGUUUGGAGAGGUUUGUGCGUGUCAGGUCCGAGCAUCAGGGAAAAUGUAUGCAUGUAAGAAACUGGAGAAGAAACGUGUUAAGAAGCAAAGCGGGGAAGCCAUGGCCCUCAAUGAGAAACAGAUUCUAGAACGGCUCAACAGCAGAUUUGUGGUGAGUUUAGCAUAUGCUUACGAGACAAAAGAGGCUCUUUGCCUGGUGCUGACGCUGUUGAACGGAGGAGACCUGAGGUUUCACAUCUAUAACAUGGGCACAGAGGGGCUCAACAAAGACAGAGUACAGUUUUAUGCAGCUGAGAUCCUCUGCGGCCUGGACCAUCUUCAUAACAAAUCCAUUGUUUAUAGGGAUUUAAAGCCAGAAAACAUUCUACUGGAUGAUAAUGGUCACAUUCGGAUCUCUGAUUUGGGACUCGCCGUAAUCUUGCCAGAAGAAAAACACGUGAAGGGAAGAGUGGGAACUGUGGGUUACAUGGCACCAGAAGUCAUCACAAACACAUACUAUAGUUUUAGUGCAGACUGGUGGGGACUCGGGUGUCUAAUCUACGAGAUGACGGCCGGAAAACCUCCGUUCCGCAACCUCAAGGAACGGCUGCCUAGACAUGAGAUGGAAAGAAGAGUUCUGGAGACGAUCGAGCAUUACGGAAAUAAGUUUGACGAGGACACUUCAUCCAUCUGCAAAAGUCUCCUGGCUAAAAACCCAAAGGAGCGACUGGGCUGCAAGUUCAGGCAAGGAGCAGAGGUCAUCAAAGGUCAUUCGUUCUUUAAAAACAUCAACUUUACGAGACUUGAGGCUGGAAGGAUGCCGCCAACUUUUGUCCCUGACCCGAGAGCCGUUUACUGCGCGGACAUCCUGGACAUCGAUCAGUUCUCUACGGUUAAAGGAGUGAUCCUUGAUCAGGUCGAUGAUAAUUUCUACAGCAAGUUUAACACAGGUAGUGUGCCUGUGCCCUGGCAGAAUGAGAUGAUUGAGACAGAGUGUUUCAAGGACCUGAAUGUUUUUGGGCCACGAGGAACAAGAACACCCGAUCUCGACCGCAACGCGGUGAUCCUGCAGAACGGCUUGGAGACUCAGUUCUCCAAUCAUAGUCCUACAGAAUACACUCGACACCGGCUGCUGGACAGAAUCUUCAAGAGACGAGUAAGGAGCCCUAAAUGACACAAUUCCACUUCAUUACCCUGUUACAGUGACUACUCUAUGACUAACUAUGACAGUGCUUUGAUUAACAGAAUAUUC